CAGGUAUUAUAAGAAACAAAUUGAUGAAAAUAGGGAAGCAAAUAGGGCAGAAGCCAACAAAGUAAGAACUUUAGUAGAUAUGAAACCGGAUCAAAAAAGAAAUUUUAGAUACGAGUAGUCGCAAUUUUAAUUGUUUGAAAAUUUCCACACUCCAGUGGUAAGCGGGUAGACGGAUUGCGGACGCAUAAAAAAUAAUAGAUGUGCUAAAAAAACGUAAAAGUUGUGCCAAUAGAAUUUUCUAAUAAUUUUAAAAUAAAUAAAAAAACCAACAAAUAAUUCUACGAAUACAAACUCUUGGCAAUGGAUAUAUUUUUGGCUUACAUUUUUACAUUUUUUAUUAUUUUCAUCUUCUUGCCGAUUCUGUAUUAUUUACUACGGUUCAUACUAUGGCUGAUAUUGGAUGUUUGCAGCUGCGGAAAACCGCAUCAUGAAAAUCAGUGUGACCAACUACGUCGUCGUAUAACUUUUGGACAUAUAUAUGAUCGCCAAGGCAACAUAUUCACAAUUGCCGACGAGGCCGCCAACAAUCCGUUGCCCCAUCGUUGCACAGAUUUUUACUAUGUCGAUCCAACCACUGAAGAUGCUGCACGUAUUCGGGCACAAUUAGAAAAGGAUGAAAAGGAUUUGCCGACCUAUGAGGAAGUGAUGGCCAUGAGUGCAGCACAAACGGCAGCCGGCUCAUUGGCACCAUGUACGGCAUCUAAUAGCUCCGUUACCACUACGGAUACGACGGUGCCACCUUAUUCGGAAGUCGAACGAAGUGUGAUGCAUUCCGCACAACCACUACCCACAAAUGCCAACUCAUCUGUUGUCACUCUUGCAACGUUGAAUACCGGUGCUACAGUGCGGCCGGCAGGGGUCACAGCGGCAUCUACAUCGCGAGCUGCUGCCGCUGCUGCUACAGGUUCACAAACUACAGUAGUAACCAUUGCCAAUUCGGUGUCAAAUACGAGCGUGUGAUAUACGCGUUUAUACUUAUGCUGCCCUCCUGCUCCUGUGUAUGAAGCUCGAUGGAAGCGUUAUGCAAGCGUGCACAAACAAAUAAGGCUAAUAAGGCUGGGACUCAAAUUGUUUCACAACAAGUAUAUCAACCUAAUAGCAUUUGGUUCGCUUAAAUCCUGUGUUAGUAAUUUAAUUUCCAAUGCAGAGUGGUAUUUACAAGUAUUUUGCGUAACCGUAUAAGAACAUUACGAGCUUAUUUAUCUAGUUAUCUUUUUGUGUAUAAAUUACUCUUAUAUUACUGUAUUUUAAAAAGUGUGAGUAAUUUAAAUAGCUAUACAUAUACAUAUGUAUAUAUGUAUGUGUUACAUAGUGUAAUUGUGUAAAUAUACAGAGGUAGACGAAGAGUGCUAGAACGAGUACUUUUUCACAUUGAACUUGAGCACAGAGGUGAUCUUUUUUUAUAAAUAAACUAAUAUUAAUAGA